AUGGCUUCGUGGUGUGCAACGAAUCUCCGAGAUUGUAAGCGAAAUAGCUAUUCGACUAUCUCGCUAACUGACGAAGUAUGGGAUAGUGCGUAUUGCCCACCUCUGAUUUUGACAGUAUCAUAUCGUGAAAUUCCAGUCAAAAUAAAUCUACUUGAGGCUUGGAUUGAUAUCGGCCUUCCAAUGACGACCACAUCCAACGAGGCUGCUCGGCUCUAUGAUGCUCUUCUUCGCCAAUAUGUAUCCUGGAGUGAUUGUGAGGUACUCGGCGGUGUCGACACUACUAUUGAUGCCCUAAAAAAAGCAGACCCAGAUUGCGUAAUGGGUAGAGUGCUGACGCUGGGUCUUGAAGCAAUUGGAACGGGGCGAUCAACUGCCUUAGAUGAAGAGUACGCGAGUGAUUUAGCGAGAUUACUGGAAGACGCGAAUAAGUUCGGCAACGAACGCGAAAAAAUACAUGUGAAAGCUCUGAAUCUAUUCACUAGCGGGUUACAACUUUUCAUUUUCUCCGAUUGUAGUGAGAUGAAGCAAGCAUGCGUUGAAUGGGAACAAAUAUUGCGUGAUGCUCCGACAGACCUACUCGCCCUAAAGUUUGCCCAUGAUACUUACUUUUAUUUGGGUGAUCGUUACGCGAUUCGGGAUAGCGUUGCACGGGUGCUACCGCAUUGGAAUGCUACCAUACCAUGCUACAGCUAUCUGUAUGGAAUGCACGCGUUUGGUUUAGAGGAAUGCGAAGAAUAUGGGCAAGCUGAACAAGAAGCAAUAAAAGUGAGUGAAACAUUUCCAUUGAAAUUCCUCAGUAAAAUUUUCAGCCGUAGAACUUCACUAUAA